CAAGCCUGGCCCAUAAAUAGGGGUCUCCUCCGUGCUCUCCACUCCUGCCGCACACCUCCCUCCCUCGCCCACACCGCUGGCACCGGGCCCCAGACACCUGCUCUGCUUCGAGAGAAUGGCUGCUCAGCACACUCUGUGGAUGGGGCUGGUCCUGCUGGGGCUGCUGGGCGGCCUGCAGGCAGCAGCCGAGGCCCAGGUCUCCGUGCAGCCCGACUUCCAGCAGGAAAAGUUCCUGGGGCUCUGGUUCAGCGCGGGCCUCGCCUCCAACUCGAGCUGGCUCCGAGAGAAGAAGGCGGCGCUGUCCAUGUGCAAGUCGGUGGUGGCCCCGGCCUCGGAUGGCGGCCUCAACCUGACCUCCACCUUCCUCAGGAAAAACCAGUGCGAGACCCGAACCAUGCUGCUGCAGCCCGCGGAGUCCCUCGGCUCCUACAGCUACCGGAGUCCCCGACGCAGGGGCUUCCUCACCCCUCCUGGGGAAUGGCUCCUGCUGGGAGACCUCUUCACUUCCCGGUUCUGGCAGCGAGUUCUGGGGCUGCACCAAGAAUCCGGUUUUCUGAACCUGGCUCCCCCAGACGUCUGGUUUGGGAGAGUUCACAGGCUGUACUGGGGCAGCACCUACUCGGUGUCAGUGGUGGAGACGGACUACGACCAGUACGCCCUGCUCUACAGCCAGGGCAGCAAGGGCCCCGGCGAGGACUUCCGCAUGGCCACGCUCUACAGCCGAACCCAGACCCCCAGGGCUGAGUUCAAGGAGAAAUUCACUGCCUUCUGCAAGGCCCAGGACUUCACAGAGGAUACCAUUGUCUUCCUGCCCAAGACCGAUAAGUGCAUGACGGAACAAGAAUAGGGCUCAUGGGAGCCAGGGGCAGAGGAAAGCCCCCCUACCCGCACCUGCUCCAUCCAGCCGGAGUGGGGGUGGGCUGGGAAGACCGCAGCCUCCAUCAUGGCCUUCCUCUUGCACCCCCAGGCCUGAAGCUGGAACCCCCGCCAGCCAGGUGACCCCCAAGUUCUGGAUGUCUCUGCUCUGUUCCUUCCCUGAGACCUGCCCCGGCUCCCCACUCAAGUGCCCCCGCUCCCUUGGGCUUCAUUCUGGCUCUAUGCAAUAAACUCUGGAAGCAAGUCA